AUACGACAUUCAGCCGAAAACGCGCGCGUGUGCAACAUUACCGCUUUCAUCUCCUCCUCCAUCAACCCCCCCGCGCUCUGGAAGUCGCUUGCCCCCCGCAAUAUUAGACACAAGAUCUCAAUUGGCUUCGGUUUUUUUUUUUUUUUUGUUUAUUGAAAAUUUCUUUUUUCGGUAGUAGUAGUGGACAAGGUCGAAAGUUAUAUAAUGGAAGGUCAGGCCAAGCAAGCAUACUUCGUUAAUGAAGCAUACAAUCACGAAGAAACACCACCACCAACGCAUGGUGGUGGUGCUAGUGGUGGUCAAGAUACAGUGCAUCGUCGUAAAAGUGGUAAUUCAAAAGAAUUACAAUUGGAUAUGCAUGGCUAUCAGCAAAAUAAGAAGGGAAACAAUAUGAAUAAUAAUAAUAAUAAUAGUUCGAACAAUAUGGAUUUUGAUGAUAUAUUACCGUUAAUUGGUGAAUUUGGUUUAUAUCAAAAGUUUCUAUUCAUAUGCAUGAUACCAUUCUCGUUCUUUGUGGCAUUUGUGUAUUUCUCGCAAAUAUUUUUAACAUUAAUACCCGAACAACAUUGGUGUCAUGUGCCCGAACUAGAUGGCCUGGAUGUGGAGGCUAGACUGGCACUCUCCAUACCCAUGAUAAAUGGGGAAUAUAACAAUUGUUACAUGUACGAUGUGAAUUAUACCGAAGUGCUUGCCCAGGGCAAGGUAAUGGCCGAUCCCAAAUGGCCGCAAAUAAAAUGCCGUAAUGGCUGGUCAUACAAUUAUACGGAAAUACCAUACUCCACAGUGGCCACUGAACAGAAUUGGGUCUGUGAUAAUGCCGCCUUGCCCACCUAUGCUCAAUCCAUAUUCUUUUUGGGAGCCAUUGUGGGUGGUCUACUCUUUGGUUGGGUCGCAGAUCGCUUUGGACGUGUUCCCGCCUUGAUUGGCUGCAAUAUGAUGGGCCUUGUCGCCGGAGUGGGUACAGCAUUUGUUAGCAAUUUCUGGCAAUUUGCCACUAUGCGUUUCUUUGUGGGCUUUGCUUUCGAUAAUUGCUUCACAAUGAUGUAUAUUUUGGUCUUGGAAUAUGUGGGUCCAAAAUAUCGCACAUUUGUGGCCAAUAUGUCGAUAGCGAUAUUCUUUACGGGCGCUGCUUGUUUAUUGCCAUGGAUUGCUUACUAUGUGGCCGAUUGGAAGCUGCUAACGAUUAUAACAUCUGCCCCAUUGUUUUUGGCCAUAUUAACGCCAUGUAUAGUACCCGAAUCGGCACGUUGGCUGGUCUCACAGGGUCAAGUGGAUAAGGCAAUUGGCAUACUGAAGAGAUUGGAGAAACGUAAUGGACGCUCAGUGCCGGAGCAAACGUAUCAGCAUUUCGGUGACAGUUGUCGACGUAUGCGUGACCAAGAGAUGGCCCAAAAUGCCAGCUAUUCGGUAUUGGAUCUCUUCAAAUCGCCUCGUCUACGUCGCACAACUUUGCUGCUAAUUGUCAUUUGGAUGGCCAUCUCAUUGGUGUUCGAUGGUCAUGUUAGGAAUGUUGGCUCGUUGGGUCUGGAUAUAUUCUUUACGUUCACGGUGGCCAGUUUUACGGAAUUACCAGCAGAUACAUUGCUCACCUUUACCCUAGAUCGUUUCGGACGUCGCUGGUUGGCCUGCGGUUCCAUGGUGGCCAGUGGCAUAUUCAGUCUCCUGGCCACUGUUGUGCCGGUGGGUGUUUAUUCCGCUGCCUUGGCCAUUAUGGGUAGAUUCUUUGUCAAUAUUAGCUAUAACAUUGGCCUACAAUGGGCUGCCGAAGUUUUGCCCACUGUGGUGAGAGCUCAAGCUGUGGCCUUUAUACACAUUAUGGGCUAUGUGGCUAGUAUUAUAGCUCCAUUUGUUGUAUAUUUGGCAAACAUAUCGACAGCAUUGCCACUCAUCAUUUUGGGCUUGCUUGGAAUACUUGGUGGCAUAUUGUGUUUACUUUUGCCCGAGACAUUGCAUCAUGAUUUGCCGCAAACCCUGAGCGAUGGCGAAGAGUUUGGUCGUGGACAAAGCAUUUGGGAUUUCCCAUGUCUGGCCAAGCAGAUCGAUGAUGAUGACGAUGACGUCCAUCAUGACGAUGAUAAGCGAAAUGUUAAGGGAGAUCACGAUGUGGAGGAGGUCCGUUCUACGGCCUUUGUUCGUGGCACUCAAACGGGUGCCUCUCUGACAGCAUCCACGAGGGGUGAAUUACGUUCAAGCAUCUUACGUAGAUCGGUACAAUCGCGCCAUUCUACUAAACUGUAAAUCAAUUAUACUAAAUAUAUUUGUUUAAGUAACUUGUCAAUUUUAGUAUUUAGUUAGCAGAAACAACAUAAACAAUAACAAAAGCAUUUCUUUCCACACGAUAUUUUGUGAUACUAGAUUUAAGCAAUUGUGUUUAACUAAUAAACAUUCUA